CUCAGUUGCGGACUGCCAUCAGCGCGCAUGAGCAGCGCCAGGGACGAUCGGAAGAGCCUGAAGGAGGCCGCCGACGAGUCCGGCCGUACGUCCUCGGGCGAUGGCAAAGCCAAGGAGCUCUACCGACGCGUGAAGACGCCGGGAUCGGGCGCCGUCGCAGCGGACGGCGACGUCCGGCGUGUCUUCCUCAACGACAACGACCAAAACAAGGCGCUGUACGCCACGUGCACCAACGUCGUCGUGACGUCCAAGUACACCAUCUUCUCGUUCUUGCCCAAGUUUCUCUUUGAGAGCUUUUGCAAGGUUGCCAACCUCUUCUUCCUCGUCGUCUCGAUCCUGCAGACAAUCAAGCCGAUCUCCAACACGUAUGGCCUGCCCACGAACGCACCGACGCUCUUCUUCGUCAUCUGCAUUGACGCUGUCUUCGCCAUCAUGGAAGAUCGCCGCCGCCAUGCCUCGGACUUUGCAGCCAACUCGGCAACCUGCCAUGUCCUUGUCGAUAACGUCAUCGUCGAUCGUCUGUGGUCGCAAGUGCAGGUGGGCGAUGUCUUGGAGAUUCGCAACCGCGAAGUCAUUCCUGCUGACGUGCUCAUUCUCUCGGUGGCCGAGCCCGACCCCGCCGUGCCGAGUGGUAUUUGCUAUGUGGAGACCAAGUCGCUUGACGGCGAGACGAACCUAAAGCUGCGCCAGGCGCUGCCAGCGACGAUGGGCGUUAUGCGUGAGGCGCAAGAUCUCGACAAGCUCAAGGGCAGUGUGAGCUGCGAGACGCCAAACCCGUUCAUCAACAAGUUUGCGGGGAACAUUGACGUGUGGGUGGCUGGCCAGACGUUCCCGAACGAGCCUCUGAGCAUCAAGAACGUGUUGCUUCGUGGCUGCACGCUCCGCAACACGGACUGGGUCUACGGCGUCGUGCUCAACACGGGCAGCGACACCAAGAUCAUGCAAAGCGCGUCGUCGCCGCCCAACAAGUGGAGCGAUGUCAUGCUCACGCUGAACAAAAUGAUCGGCAUUCUCUGCAUCGGCCUCAUCGUUUUGUGCGCCAUCGCGGCGACGGUCUUCGUGACGUGGCAGAACGAAAUUGCCAAGGAAGCGUGGUACCUCCACGGCACCACCACGGUCGACAAAGUCGUGCUCGUGACGACCGGCGAUGUGGUCACAGCGUGGUUCACAAUGCUUUUCUACUACUUUCUCCUGCUCUACCAAGUCAUUCCGAUCUCGCUGUACGUGUCACUCACGACCGUCAAGUUUCUCCAGUCGAGCUUCAUGGCCUGGGACAUUGAAAUGUACCACGCCGAGACGGACACGCCCGCGAUUGUGCGCACGAUGGCGCUCAACGAAGAGCUCGGCCAAAUCUCGUACAUCUUCUCGGACAAGACCGGCACGCUCACGUGCAACGUCAUGGACUUUCGCAAGUGCUCGAUCAACGGCGUCUCGUACGGCUCUGGUCUGACCGAGAUCGGUCGGGCGGCGCUGAAGAGAGCGGGCAAGCCGAUUCCGCCCGAGCCAAAGAUGGAGCCGGGUGUCAAGCAGAUCCCGUAUGUCAACUUUGUCGACCCAAAGCUCACCGAGGCGAUGCAAGGCAAGCAUGGGGCCGAGCAAGAGGAGCGUACGCAUCGUUUCUUCGAGCAUCUUGCCGUGUGUCACACGGUUAUUCCUGAAAUGCUGGACACUGGCGAAGUGCGUCUCUCGGCGUCGUCGCCCGACGAGCAGGCGCUGGUCGCGGGCGCUCAGUUUAUGGGCUACAAGUUUGAGUCCCGCGCGGUUGGGAAGGCCAUUUUGGACGUCGGCGGAGAAAAGAAGACGUACGAUGUGCUCGAAGUGCUCGAGUUCAACUCGACGCGGAAGCGCAUGUCGGUCGUGACGCGCCUGCCGACGGGCGAGCUCUACUUGUACACGAAGGGCGCCGACAUGAUGAUCUACCAGCGCCUCUCGACCGCGUCCAAAGCACUCGAGGCGAUCACGUCGCAGCAUAUGGAAACGUACGCCGACGACGGCCUUCGUACUCUUGCUAUCGCUAUGAAGCGGCUCGACGAGGAUUUCUUUGUGGACUGGGCAGCCAGAUUUCGCUCCGUGUCUGGCUCGAUCCCGGAGCUUGAGAAGCGCAAAAACGGUGAGUCCAACGCAAUCGACGACCUCAUGGAAGAGAUGGAGUCCAACUUGGAUCUCAUUGGUGCGACGGCCAUCGAGGACAAACUCCAGAACGGCGUGCCCGACUGCCUCUCGGCGCUCAGUGCGGCCAAGAUUAAAGUCUGGAUGCUUACCGGCGACAAGGAGGAGACGGCCAUCAACAUUGGAUACGCAUGCGCUCUCUUGGACAACUCGAUCCACCAAGUCAUCAUCAACAUGGAGAACUGCUCGACGCCUGACUUGAUUCGCCAAGCACUCAAGUCGGCCGCCGAGGACUACGCUGCGAAGAACGGGAAGGAAGACUUUGCGCUCGUCAUUGACGGGGAGGCCCUCGAGAUUGCACUCAAGCCGCACAUGAAGAUGGACCUUCUUGGGCUCGCCCAGUAUUGCGUCGCCGUCAUUUGCUGCCGCGUGUCACCGGCGCAGAAGGCGGACAUGGUGCGUCUCAUCCGUGAAAACAUCCCCGAAGCUCGGACGCUGGCAAUCGGUGACGGUGCCAACGACGUGGCGAUGAUUCAAGCUGCCCACGUCGGAAUCGGUAUUUCGGGCCAGGAGGGCAUGCAGGCGGUCAACUCGAGCGACUAUGCCAUCGCGCAGUUCCGGUUUUUGAAGCGACUUUUGCUGGUGCAUGGUCGGUGGAACUACCUGCGCAUUUCCAAGGUCGUCGUGUACAUGUUUUACAAGAACAUUACUCUCGUGCUCGCUCAGUACUGGUAUGGGUUCCUCAGCGGCGCGUCAGGGUCCAAGGUCUACUGGGAAAUCGGCGUUCAAGUUUACAACAUUUUCUUCACGGGACUUCCCAUCGUCGUCCUGGGCGUCCUGGACCAGGACUUACCCGAUCACAUGAGUCUCAAGUUCCCUGCGCUUUACGGCGUCGGGCCGCAGCGCCAGCUCUUCAACUACUACACGUUCUUCCGGUGGCUCUGCGCGGCCUUGUACGAGUCGAUGGUCAUUUUCCUCGUCAUGGUCUACGGGUACAACCCGAGCCACAGCUCUGUCGGCAGCGAGGCGCGUGUCGAGUACGGCAUCGUGGCCUUUACUCUGGCUGUCCUCAUCGUCAACCUCAAGAUUACACUCAUCAUGUGCAACUGGACGUGGGUGCCGCGCAUUACGUGGUGGGGCAGCGUCCUCUCGUGGUUCCUCAUCGCGUUCCUCUGCCUCACGGUGAUCCCUUACUUUGUCAAGCUCAAGGUGAGCUACGACGAGUUCGGCGCGUUCGUGCCCACCUUCGUCUCGGGCUCGUACUGGCUGCUCCUCGUCAUUGGCUGCACGCUCGCGCUCGGCCGGCACUUUGCUUGGAAUCAGUUCCAGCGUCUCUUCUACCCGGAGCUAUUCCAGAUCCUCCAAGAGAGUGUCAUGAUUGAAAAGAAGAAGGCGCAUCGGCUAACGAUCACGCACAUGGAGGAGGCGCCGCGACCCGACCUGAGCAUGACACUCGACGACAUCACGCCUGAGGAGCGGUCGCGCUUCAACUUGGCUGAAGACACGGUCGCCGACACGAUGGCAACGACGCUGAGUCGGCCGCAGCAGCUUGACCGGCGUGCGACGCUUCAGCGGCUGAACACGGGCUAUGCGUUCAGCUGCGACGAGGAAACGACACUGGUUGAGUCGUUCAUUGCGACAAAUCACACGCAUCGCCAAGAGCCGAGCAACGUGCCGCGGCGCUCGAUGAGCAUCAACGACUUCAAGUGACGUCGCACAAGGAUAUAUUGAAGAGAAAUGAAUACAAUUGCAUGCUAUACGUA